AUGGGUGGCGACUUCAGUUGUGUCUAUAAGGAGCGAGCCAGCGUUUUCAUCCACGACCAACGUAGCCAUACCCUAAAGAACUUGGUUGGCAUACGCCGGCCGGGUGCCAAGCUCGCCGUCGUCCCAGCCCGGCGGGUUCGAUGCCGCGCGUCCGGGAGGCUCGGCUGGCCUGUGCUCUCCCUUUUUUCCGCCGAAAAUUCUCCUUGGUGUGCCUUGGCUAGCAGCUAUUCCAGCUUUGAGACUCACUCCCGUCCUCCGCUCUGCUGGUGGACACCAGCAAUGGUCCUGUCGCUGUCUCGCGUCCUCAGUCAAGCCUUUUGCCCAGGUUCUUGUCGCCCCCUGUUUGUCAUCGCGCACUUGGCACGAUACCGAGCGUCAGGGGUUGGCUCCAGAGUCAAUGUGGCUUACAUGGAGCGAGAGGGGGGUGCAGAGACGAGUCAGUGGGGAUCCGAGGCAGCUGCAUUAAUGGACAAAAUGAAGAUGCAUCUUGGCAUGGCAGCGAUUACAAAUUCUUAUCACUGA